AUGGAUAUAAACAUACGAACUGUGACUGUCAUUACCGCUUUCAUUCAAUUAAAUUUAUAUGAAUUGAUUCGUUUGAGAAAAAUCUUCCAGCGCUAUGAGUCACACAAAAUUAGAAGUGGAGAAAGAGCAAUCUGCAAGAACGUUGAUAAAACCAAGCAGAAGCAUCACGCAGGAUAUAAGGACCCCAGCUAUGCAGAUGCUAACCCACUCCAAUUGGUCCAAAGGUACUCUGAAGGAAAGAACAUAGAACAGCUAAAUAUGACCCAACUCAUCCAGCUUGAGAGAGAACUGAACUCCAUACUAAUUCAGACCAGAGCAAGAAAGGGGUUGAAUGGGCAAGCAGUGACAGGAGCCGUCUUUCAAAUUGUUGAGUUUAUUGUAGGAAAAAGGAGAAUGGGUAAAACAUAUUUUGCAUUUGUUGGUCGUGUUCUGAACCUGUUUGCAACAUGGAAAGAGCGCAAGGCUCAAAUUUAUACGUAUCAUGAUACUGUUCAUUGUGUGUUUGACUCUGAAGAUGAGGCUUCAGCUGCUUAUAUAAGAUUCUUUGAAGGAAGUUUAUGGUGUAAACAAGUAAGCAUUGCAUGCUUCCUGCGCUCUAUUACUGACCCACUAGUAGUAGCGAGGAUUGAUGAGAAAUGCUGGAGAUAUGUGAGGAGUUAUGAAAUCCAGAGAUACCAAGGUGGAACGGACUAUAAAGACUCGGGGCAAAAGAGUUACCUGGAGAAAGACAAAAGGGAAACAACUUGGGACAAAUGGAAAUCUGAAGGACAAAGAAAAGGUCAACAUCAGACCAAUAUGUACAUCAGGAAUCAGGACCUGCUUAGGCAAAGUCUUGAAGAUUACAAAGACAAAGCAAUAACAUCAACAGCAGGGUCGACAGAGAACAAGAUGAGCGCCGAUUGGGGACCGGUCAUUGUUUCAGUGGUUUUGUUCAUCCUCCUGUCACCAGGGCUAUUGUUCCAGAUACCGGCGAGAACAAGGGUGGUAGAGUUUGGGAACAUGUACACUAGUGGGAUUGCCAUUCUAGUUCAUGCAGUUAUAUACUUUUGCAUAAUCACCAUCCUGAUCAUUGCAAUAGGUAUUCACAUACAUGUCAACUGA